AAAACAUGAAAACACACAUGUUCAUUUUCCAUAUCUAAAAUGUGAUUCACAAAAAUGUUAUUCAUGUGAAAGCACAUUUAUUUUGGCACAUUUUAUUCUGACAAGGAAUCCAACUACGAUUUUCGAAAGAUCAAAACGAUCAUAAACUAACAACUUAAUUUCCAAGCCUAUCUGAUCAGAAUGGUAAAUGCUUGGAAGGGAAUACAUCCAGAUUCACAGUGUUUGUUGAUUAACAAAACAGAAUCACACGUUCUUUGGUUUGGAUGCGCUGUCAGUCACUUUAAUGUCUGAGAGAAUAGUAAGAGAAAGUCAAUAUGGGAAUGGGUGCUUGCUUUUUAUACUCAGGGCUAUAGCUGCAGUAACAGUAGGAAUUCUACAGAUAACUCUGAAUUACAGUAGAAGUUCAAUAUUACCAGAGUCGUGGGUAGACAAGGACCCAUUUCACGAACCUAAAGAAAUACAUAGUAGUGGUGUGUUAUUGUUGCAUGUCCAUGUCGUCUCUUGAUGUUGAUAUUUGUUGGGAUGUUUGGGGAUGUUGGUUAAUAUAUGGUUUAUAGUGUCAAGGCCUGUAGUUGGAUGCAGGGUGGUAUGGCUGCUGGCACCAAAUCUGUUAAGUGCUCAGAUACUGUUUGUUAUACAAUCAACAUAAAAAAAACUGCAACUUUUAAGAAUGAGAUGGGAGGCCAUGAUUGUAUAAAAAAAAGAAUAACAAUGAUAAAUUAUGUUACCUCCAUUAGCCAGCAUUGCCUCCCUGUCUAGACGUUCGUUGCUGCCUUGACCUGAAACAGCAUAACUAACAUCAGCACUUCCGUAGUUUCAACUGCAUUCACUAUGUACUUAAGGAAUAUACAAUAAAAUAACUGGCAAUACUUUUGAAUAACAUUACCAGAGUCAGUGCUGCUAGCGCCAUUCUUUAUCACUGGGAAAAUAUAAUAUUAUCACUCUUUAAUUAGAUACAGAUAUAAAGUAUUGAGUGUUAUAUAGGCCCAUAGCCUAUAGGCACAUAGCCGGGUAAAGAAGGUCUACUGAGGGUGCAGCAGAACCCAGAUUAAAAAUAAAUCACACAAAUUGUAGUUGGCCUUUAUUUGUGAGGCAUUUAUAAGUUAUAUUCUUGAAGGAUCAAUGGGUAUGGUAUGUAUAAUGAAUUUAUAAGUCCAAAAAUGCAUGUAGCAAUGACAGAUUUCCCCUUUAAUUGUGAACUGCUUUACAACGCUGAUAUUCUGCAUGAUCUCUACAGAUUGAAUCGAGCCCUUAGUUGUCACGCCCUGACCUUAGAGAGAUGUUUUAUUUCUCUAUUUGGUUAGGUCAGGGUGUGAUGUGGGGUGGGCAUUCUAUGUUUUGUUUUCUAUGUUUCUAUGUUUUGGCAGGGUAUGGUUUUCAGGGACAGCUGUCUAUCAUUGUCUCGGAUUGGGAAUCAUACUUAGGUAGCCCUUUUUCCCUCCUUCAGUGUGGGUAGUUAACUUUGUUUGUGGCACUUAGCACUGUAAGCUUCACGGUUGUUUUUCGUUUUUUUGUUUUGUUGGCGACAUUUUAAAUAAAAAGAGAAAUAUACACUCACCACGCUGUACUUUGGUCCACUUCCUUUGACGGCCGUAACAUUAGUGUUAAUGUCUAAAAAGGUGUCCAAUAAUUCAUUGCAAAGAGAUUUUUUUUUACCUCCGAAACAAAUCACAUGGGAAACUUGGUAACAUAUGAAUCUUAAUUCUUACAUCAACCCAUGAAACAAUAAGUAGUUUACAUGCACACUACUAAUUCGAUAUUAAACUGAUUAUGGCAGAAGGCCGAGUAUGGCAGUCAUGUAAACACUUUACUCUGCUUAUCUUAAUCGGCGUAAAAUCAUAAUCGAAGUAAAUAUACGCCGAUUAAAACACCUGGGUUUCUGAGCAAUCUUUCGAGCUAUGAGGACAUGUACAGCUUAAUCAGCGUUCCAGCUGUGUAUUUGAUUUGCGCAUGUGCAGAACCGGGUAGUGCAACCCCCCUCUAUUAUGCCCGAGUGAAGUGAAUGUUCCCUGAGACUGUGGUCUUGGGGAGAGCAGUUAGUGAUAUUCGUCAGUUUUAAGUAUUAAAGUAUCUGGAUUAGGCCAUAAAUGGAGGAGUUCCCAGAUAAGUAAGGCCUGUUCAUGUGGGUUUUUGACCUACGAUUUACCACAUACACCAGCACAAUUUACCGGAUACCAUGGGAUUUAUUUUGUUGGAUCUUUUCAAUUUGGUUUUAAAUUGGGUAUGCAGAAUGAUGGAAAUGCUUGAAAUGUCUGUGAAGGGUUUGUGAAGGACAGGGAAUGAAAAUGGAUAGGAAAUAUUUAAACGGUGUCGAAUGCCCUGUAUCCUGACUUUCUGGUGAGGCCUGAUCAAUCUCAUUAGAAAUGAUUGAAACAGGUGGGAUUGAAUUAUAAAAUGAUUAAGAAACACCAGUCUCUAUUCUAUUUUACCAUUAUUUAAUGAGAUACUAUUAUUUCCUUAUGGAGUCGUAAAUCUAAGUUGAUUGGUUAUUCAAUUUAAUUAUUUUUGAGUUAACAUGCAGUGUGGUUAGUUUUUGAAUCACAAUGUGAAACGUGGUCAAAGGGGUAAUUACCAGUUUCCUGGGGCUCUGGUCUUUGGGUAAGGACAAAAAUGUAUUUUGUUCAGUCUGCCUAUAGAAGGGAAAAUAUGUUAAUAAGAGUUGACAGUUACUCCAAAUUGAUUGUGAUGUGUAUUACUGAUUUCACGUUUGUUUUUGUUGCAAUACAAAUUUCUUUCUUGAAUCAGAAACUAAUUGAACUAAACUUUUGUUCUGAUCUGUCCUCGUGUCCUGAUCUGUUAUCAUGGAAGGUGAUGUCAGAUUGUGUCUUAAUGCGUGGUAGGAAUAAUUUGACCACAAACAGUGUGUGUGAACCUCAAAACCCUCCCUAACCGCCUGAAGAAAGAACGACAAAGGCGUUCAAUGCGAUAGUAACAACAUUCCUAUCUGAGUCCGAGCCAUUAACCUGGGUACGGGCGGAAGGACUGUGCCAUGAGUCCUGAGACCGCGCAUGUGGAGUGAGCAUGGAGAGAUAACAUUCAAACUGGUGGGAGAAAUGGACCAGACAGAAUGGUGGUAGAGGCUCAGCCAAACAGACAGCGAACACUUGACAGAUUCCAUGCAGUAGUUAUUCUCACUGCAGUCACUAUAGGGACAAUAACUGAAGGAGGCGAAAGUGACCGCAUGGAAUUGGACUACGGCGCAAAUUGGGGAUUUUGAGGUGGGCGUCAUGGGCAGUGUGAAAGCGGCACACGAGGAGCAGGAGAUAACUGAGAGCACGGGCUGAAUUCUGGAGAUUGAGUGUACAUCAAGAUACACCAGGAGGGGGUGUUGGGACAGCGUUGGUCUGGUCCACACACAGUACUCCUUACAGCACCUGCAAUGGUAAAGAUCGUCUCUCCUCAGUGGGUUCACCCUUCUCACGUGAAGUGAGGUCCAGCUGCAUAAUGGGUGAGCUUGAAGACGCAGUGACAGAGGAAGUGGAGCUAAAGAGAGAGAGAGAAAGAUUAGAUUCCACUAUAGACAUGCAGAUAGGUUGGGAGCUACUUUAACCACCAUAGUUGGGUUUGGUUAGUUGCCUUAUUGGUUAAUGCAUCAGAUGAAAGGAUAGAUGUUGGGGUAAUUGUACAUUGGACAACAUUCUGGAGGCAUUGAUGUGAAAGCAUGUACAGUGCUGGGUUACCUCAAGAGGAUGUAGCGUUGAUUAAGGAUACGCAUUUGCCUAUUAGGUGACGUGCCUAUCAGGUGGCAAUGGAGGAGGAAGGAGAUGGGGAACAAAGUGAAAAUGACAUGGCUUGGGAACACCGCUUGUAUCCUGUGGUCUGACGGGGAAGACUGGGCGAAAGCAUGAGGAGGGUUUUUAGGGCUUUCAUUUUUGCCAAACUCAGCAGAAAAGUAUCCUGAAGGCAUAAUCAGUCUUGUGCUGUCACUCCCUUAGGAACCAGAAGGAUAAAGUUGAAAUGGAAGAAGUCAACAGCUCCAGCGGACACGUUAUUAUCAGUGUUAUACGAGAAAUGGAAAAAAAGAUUGUGCUUGAGACAGUCCCAGAGCUUCUGAACCUAAAGACCAGUGAAGUCUCCACAGAGAGCUUCAGGGUCACCUGGGAACACUCAGCCCAAGACGUGGUCCUCUACAGACUCACCUGGACCCCAACCAGAGGAGGAGACACUAAAGAGAUGCUGGUGAAUGGUAACAUGAACACCUACCUUCUAACUGGACUGAUUCCCAACACUGAAUACAAGGUGGCCGUGUCCUCCACCUUCAGAGACAAGUUCGAAAGUGACGACGUGACCAUCAAAGAGUCAACAGCUAUCUUCCUGGUGAUUCUCAUCUAUAGAUUGGAAUGUCCACAGUGCAAGGUGUCCUACAUUUGACAGACAAAGAGAUGCCUUCAAGACCGUUUAGCGGAACACAAGUAUGCCAGCCAUACGGGUAGGCAAUGAAGACUACCCAAUGGCAAGGCUCUACAAGUCCUUACACCAUGGCAACCCUGCCUCCCUACAAGCUAUGGGUUUUGAUCAUGUUCCGGUCUCAAUUAGAAAAGGGAAAACUUUGGGAUUUACAAGCUACAGGCCACUAAGUACCCUGGUUUAAAUGAAGAUCUGGAUUUCUCACCUUUCUUGUAGGGUUGUGAUAGGUCCAUUUGCUGUCAUCUAGUGGACAUUUUGCUCAAUUUCCCUCAGCUAUGUUAAUACUGUUGUUCAUGUUUUGCUGUGUUCUAGUGUACUAUGGAAUAUAUUGCUUUCUUAUUCUUGACACUUCUCCCAGUCAUAUUUAAGGUUAGAACUACCUUUCCAGGCAUUCUGAUACUUCUAGCUUGGAGUUGAUUUUUUUGAUAACACAGUUACAUUAUUUCACUUUUUAUUGUGUAUAGUAUUGCUUACUAGGUGUGUCCAAUCAAUUUUGUAACCACUCCCUCUUCUAAUUAUGGCUAAUUGGAAGAGAUGUUCAAAAGAGGACAUGUAUUAUAUCUUUGUACUCCCUGACGAAGGCCAUGCAGCCGAAAUGCGUCUAUUGAACUUUCUUUUUAUUGAACAUGCCAUACAAAUAAAGGCAUUUUAAUUAAUUAUGUGAAGAGUGCCUUGGUCCUCCUUUCUUUUUGAUGACCAAUUUACCCCUUUUACCAAAGAGCACCUUCUGUCUACCAAAAUGUACUAUUGUAACCUUAGUUGCACUUCCCUUCCUCCUCUUGCAACAUGUAAAGUGUUGGUCCCAUGUUUCGUGAGCUGAAAUACAAUAUCCCUGAAAUUUUCCAUACGCACGAAAAGCCUAUUUCUCUGAAAUGUUGUGCACAAAUUUGUUUACAACCCUGUUUGUGAGCAUUUCUUCUUUGCAUCCACCUGACAAGUGUGGCAUAUCAAGAAGCUGAUUAAACAGCGUGAUCAUUACACAGGUGCACCUUGUGCUGGGUACAAUAAAAGGGCACUCUAAAAUGUGCAGUUUUGUCACACAGCAUAAUGCCACAGAUGUCUCAAGUUUAUAGGGAGCAUACAAUUGGCAUGCAGACUGCAGGAUUGUCCAUCAGAGCUGUUGCCAGAGAAUUGAAUGUUAAUUUCUGUACCAUAAGCCGCCUCCAAUGUCAUUUUUGAGAAUUUGUCAGUACAUCCAACCGGCCUCAUAACAGCUGACCAUGUAACCACGCCAACUCAGGACCUCCACAUCCGGCUUCUUCACCUGCAGGAUUGUCUGAGACCAGCCACCCUGGCUGCUGAUGAAACUGAGGAGUAUUUCUGUCUGUAAUAAAGAAAGUCCUUUUGUGGGGGAAAACUCAUUCUGAUUGGCCUGCGAGGGCAUAGGCCCACCCAUGUCUGUGACCCUGCCCAGUCAUGUGAAAUCCAUAGAUUUGGGCCUAAUGUUUUUUUUUUCAAUUGACUAAUUGACUAAUUUUCGUAUAUGAACUGUAACUCAGUAAAAUCGUUGAAAUUGUUGUGUUUAUAUUUUUAUUCAGUAGAAAUUAUUGCUUUUUGCGCCAUAUGUAGUUCUCUGUAGUAAAACUGCAUCCACCCGGGGGCGCUAAUUUGUGUUUCUGGGUUCGCCUACCCACUCAUUAGAACGGAAGAAGAAGACAACACGGAAGUAGAACUGGGAGAGCGAGUUUCUUUUUUAACAUUCCUUCCUCGUAGACGAAUUGUAGACUACAUAGGUGAAUACAACCUGAGAGGAACAGGCUCUUUUGACAAUAAUAAUACCACAAGUCUACUAACAAUGUCUAAAUUACAGUCUUUGAAUUCGUUUCUUUCUGAGUGUUUGACUGCGGCGACAGUGGAGAUUUUGGGGGCAGUUGAGAAAGUCGUAACUGAGUACCAGGAUGAGAUCUCACGAUCUAAAGAGGAGAAUGAUCGUCUACGGAGACAACUUGGCAUUACACCGGGUAUAAAACUAUGUACCAUAGACUCCCAGCAGCUCUCUCUCCCUGUCUCUGAAGAGGAGUUUCCCCCUGAGCAAAAACACUGUGAGCAGGAGUGGUGCCCUAGUCUGGGACAAGAGGAACCAGGGCACAUACUGAUUAAAGAGGAACUGAGGACCAGCCAGGACGAAGAGCAGUUUCAAGGGCCGGAGGGUAAUACCAUAGAUUUUAUAUUUAGUUCUCCCCGUGUGAAAAGUGAAUGGGAUCAGGAAGCCAUCAGCCACUGCUCAGCUGUAAUUAGUGACCAAGUAAACAGUCCACCAUUGGAUCCCGAACCAACAUUGGGGGCAUACUGUUCUAAACUCAGUACCAUGUCUAAAAAAUCUCACUGCGGCAAAGUGUUUGCUCUAAAAGCUGACCUUCAGAGGCAUGUGACUCUCGCCAGGGAAAGACCCGUUGAAUGCCCCUACAACUCCACCAGUAAACUGAAGGCCCAUGUCCCACUCUGUCACGGUGGGAACCCCUGCCUUGUUUGUGGCAAGACCUUUAAAAACAGAGCACAUCUAUCCCAGCACAUGAGGAUUCAUACACGGGAGAGGCCAUUUAGCUGUGGUGACUGUGGGAAAUGCUUCUAUAGCGAGGGGCUGCUGAAUGUGCAUAUACAGACUCAUAAAGGAGAGAAAGCAUUUAGCUGUGGAUACUGCGGGAAAAGCUUCUAUCAGAAGGGGAACCUAACCCAACAUGUACGUACUCACACAGGAGAGAGACCAUUUAGCUGUGGUAGCUGCGGAAAGAAAUUCAGUCGAAAAACACAUCUGAACAGGCAUAUACUGACUCACACAGGUAAAAAACAGCAUGGCUGUUCCGUGUGCGGUAGAAGAUUCACUGGGAAUGCUUACCUGCUGAAACAUGUGGAUAAAGUCCACAAAUGACAAAAACAGAACCAAAACAUAAUGGCGAAAGACAGUGAGGACACGGACAUCUUACGUCAGAAGAUGGGACUAAAAAUGCGGAUGUGGACAAAACUCGAAAGGAAAGCAACACCACACUGGAUCAUUCAUGCUGUUGGUUCCAAAUGCAUAGAUAUAGACUGUUUAAACAUGAGCCUGUUAACAAUUAGAUUGUUUUGGAACGUCUGAGCCACGGUGAAGAGAAAAUGAUCAGACUGAUGUUAAUACAGAAAGAAUUUUCUGGAAAGUUAUCGUUGAAUUUGAGUGUUUCUCUAUCCAAUUUGACCUGAUGGUCUAUUCUGACCUAAUGCUGCUCAUCCAUGCAGCAACCUUAAAGUUGAAAUCCGUUGUGGUGAAACUUCCACGUCCGUUUGUGAUAUAACAACAAAGAUUGCUUCAAAAAACAGUUUUAUGUUUUUCUCUGACAUCAUUGCAGAGUAUAGAACAGCAGAGUAUGUACAGUGGGGCAAAAAAGUAUUUAGUCAGCCACCAAUUGUGCAAGUUCUCCCACUUAAAAAGAUGAGGCCUGUAAUUUUCAUAAUAGGUACACUUCAACUAUGACAGACAAAAUGGGGGGAUAAAAUCCAGAUAAUCACAUUGUAGGAUUUUUAUGAAUUUAUUUGUAAAUUAUUGUGGAAAAUAAGUAUUUGGUCAAUAACAAAAGUUUCUCAAUACUUUGUUAUAUACCCUUUGUUGGCAAUGACAGAGGUCAAACGUUUUCUGUAAGUCUUCACUUUUUUGCCCCACUGUACUACUUAUUUUCUUAUUAUUAUUCUUAAAAAAACAAAAACAAAAAGAUAACAAAUGUGCCUGGGGUAAUCAAUGGUGCUGUUUUUUGAGGAUUUCAGCUUUAACCCAACAUUAGCUUUAACCCAAAAUCUAUUCAUAUACACCCCCAGGAAAAUGACACCUUUUAAAAUAAACAUUUACAAUAAUCUGACAAGCGAGCACUUAGAUAUGAUAAUUCAUAGAAUGUUUGGGAUGUAUAGUACUGCUUUUGUGAAAAUUCUAUAGCAAUAUAGAGUGGGAAAGCGGCUGAUAUUUAAUAGACACUGCAGUAAACAAAACAUCUGUCUAGGACCAGAGUUUACGCAGACCGGUGCGUCAUAGCCAAUCAGAGCUAUAGUAAGCCUAUAUGCAAAUAUGUCGUUUGCCACACGGGCCUGCCAUCCGUAACUUUGAACUGGACUGUGUUUACAUAUAAUAGCAACAGUGUGACUUCAGAUCAUUAGAACGUAUUCUCCCAAAAGCCUCAAAAUACACCUGAAUGGAUUUCUGCAAACAUGUAAAUACCACGGGAGUCCUCUUCCAUUUGGGAACUUCACAGUCCUAUUGAUAAAACAACCAUGAAAAGGUAGGCUGUCUCUCCCUCAGUUGCCGAUGCACAUCAACAACAACAAAAUCAACAUCUAAUGCUAUUGUUAGCGAGAUAAGCUAAAAUCUAACGAGGACACCUUAGAUAAACCCUCUCAAACCUGUUAAGCUAGUUGGCCAUCCAAAUUCCACUGAAACGAUGGGGAAUAGUAGCCUGCUCGUCCUUCUGCAGCUUGCCUGCCAAUGCACGCUUGUUCCAAACCGGGUUUUGACAUCUGAAUGGGAAUUUGCCCGUCUGCCCUCCCAUUUGAUCGACGCCAAAUACGUCAUUUGGGAGAUUUAGGAGAUAUGCUAACUGUGGAUAAGUUCAAGUUCAGCUCUGCUAGCUAGAAAAGCAAUUUCAAAUGUUUUGAAUAACACCUGCAUCUCUAGCUGUAGCCAAUGAAAAACAAAGAGGGGGAAAAAGUCAGUCACUCACCCACUCCUCCAAUGACAAGACAUCCUCUCAGCAGCUAGCUGGUUAACGUUAGCCUCUGUGUUUUUAGCUUGCUAAAUAAAUAGCUAGCUACAUAAAUGCACUGAACAAAAAUAUAAAUGCAACAUGCAACAAUUUCAAAGAUUUGACUGAGUUAUAGUUAAUAUAAUGAAAUCAGUCAAUUGAAAUAAAUAUAUUAGGUCCUAAUCUAUGGAUUUCACGACUGGAAAUACUAAUAUGCGUCCGUUGGUCACAAAUACCUUUUAAAAAAACAAGUAGGGGUGUGGAUCAGAACACCAGUCAGUAUCUGGUGUGACCACCAUUUGCCUCAUGCAGCGUGACACCUGCGAAGUUUCUGGAUAUUGGCAGGAACUGGAACACACUGUUGUGCACGUCGAUCCAGAGCAUCCCAAACAUGAUCAAUGGGUGACAUGUUUGCUGAGUUUGCAGGCCAUGGAAGAACUGGGAGGUUUUCAGCUUCCAGGAAUUGUGUACAGAUCCUUGCGACAUGGGGCAGUGCAUUAUCAUUGUAAAAGAUGAGGUGAUGGCGGCCUUGGGACUCUUGUCACGGUAUCUCUGCAUUAAAAUUGCCAUCGAUAAAAUUGGAUUUGUUGUCCGUAGCUAAUGCCUAUCCCUGCCCAUACUAUAACUCUGUCACCAUGGGGCACUCUAUUCACAAUGUUGACAUCAGCAAACCACUCACCAACACGACGCCAUACACGCUGCUUGCCAUCGGUACAGUUGAAACCGGGAUUAAUCUGUGAAAAGCAAACUUCUCCAGCUUGCCAGUGGCCAUCAAAUGUGAGAAUUUGCCAACUGGUUACGUCACCAAACUGCUGUCAGGUCCAGACUGGUGAGAACUACCAGCGCGCAGAUGAGUUUCCCUGCAAACCCACAGUUUCCCCAGCUGUCCAGGUGGCUGCUCUCAGAUGAUCCCGCAGGUGAAGAAGCCGGAUGUGGAGGUCCUUUGCUGGUGUGGUUACCUGUGGUUGUGAGGCCGUUGGACAUAAUGCCAAAUUCUCUAAAACGACGGAGGAUACUUAUGGUAGAGAAAUUAACAUUAAAUUCUCUGGCAACAGCUCUGGUGGACAUUCCUGUAGUCAGCAUGCCAAUUGCAUGCUCCCUCAACUUGAGACAUCUGUGUUAUUGUGUUGUGGACUUUUAUUGUCCCCAGCACAAGGUGCACCUUUGUAAUGAUCAUGCUGUUUAAUCAGCUUCUUGAUAUGCAACACCUGUCAGGUGGAUUGAUAAUUUUGGCAAAGGAGAAAUGUUCGCUAACAGUGAUGUAAACAUUUGAGAAAAAUAAUAUUUUUGUGCAUAUGGAACAUUUUUUUAUUUUUUUUAUUUCAGCUAAUGAAAAAUGGGACCCACACAUUACAUGUUGUGUUUAUAUUUUUGUUCAGUAUAGAUACGCUAGCCCUAGGGUGUCAAACUGAAUCGGCAACAGAAUAAAUAUGGCCCUUUAUAAUGCCAAUUUAUGUACAUAGGAGGCUGCUGUAUAUAGCAUUUGAACAUAUUUAAAUAAAAUAUGAAAUUAUA